AUGCAAAAUUUAAAUAAAGAUACACGAGCUUGUACAAACCCAGAACUCACUGCUGGUCGAUUAAUGUCCAUACGUAAUAUCUAUCUUCGUCAAGAAUUAUCCACUAUUUCUGAUGAAAUCCAAGAAAACUAUAAUGAACGUUUACCUGCACUUGAUUUAGUGUCACUUGCAGCUUACGAACAAGUUUUUAAUAGACAACCAUUAUCACUUCCUGAAGAUUUACGACGAAAUGCUAUUAAAUAUGGACUUAAAUAUUAUCGACUUAACAUCGAGAAAUUACGAAAAGCAGAAGUUAAAAAUGGUCUCGUUCCCAUUCAUGAUAGACUAUCUGAUUUCAAGAACGAAUCUAAUAAUACUAUUGAAUCAAAUGACAAUCUUUCAGUAAAAGAUCAAAUAGACGAAAAUCAAUCAAAUUCAUCAAGUUCACAGAGUUCAACAUCAUUAAACGAAACACAAGAUGAAGAUAAUUCAAAUGAAUCAUUCUCAACAGAUAAUACAUUUGAUUCUACUUUUACUGAUACAACAAAUAACAUUGAAACAACAUCUGAUGAGUCUUCUACCAUUAAAACAAAUAAAAAUGACAUUUCUUCCAGUAUUUCUUCUUCAUCAAUUGAUACUUCUAAUGAUACAAACUUAAAUUCUUUCGCCACUGAUCCAUUAUUGACAAGGACAUCGAAUGGAUCGAUGACAACAACCAAGACACAUCAAUCAGCUGCCUUAAUCAAAAAGCUUUCUCGUACAAAACCACCGAAGAUUAUUGUACGCCGACCAUCGAAUAAUAGUCUGAUAUCCAUCGAUACUGAGAAUUCAUCAAUGACAAUUAAUAGAAAUGAAACAUCUACUGAAGAACAAGCAAUCGAUAUUCAUCAUCUAUCACCAAAUAAACAAAAAAGCAAAAAACAACGAAAACAUACAAGCAAUUAA